AUGACCGUCGAACAAUCCCUCUUCCUCGACAGCGCAAUGCGCGACUGGGUGCUGAUCCCCAUCACCAUCGUCAUGAUCCUCGUCGGCGUGCUGCGACACAACAUCAUGUCGCUCCUCAACUCGACCCCCACAAAGAUUUCGGCGCCAGCGCUCAGGGAGCAGCGCAUCAUGACGCGAGCGGGCGCCCUCCGACAGAACUACUUCAACCUCGUCCCUUCGUCGUACCUCUCCCGUCGAGCUUACCUCAUCGAGUCGCUCACCAACGGCUCCUACCUCCAGCCAAAGGAGCAGGACGAGGAUCCGGACGCCCCCAAGAACCCCUUCGAGGGCGGCGGCAUGGACGGCAUGAUGGACGCCAUGAAGAAGCAGAUGGUCAUGAUGGUCCCUCAGACCGUCAUCAUGGGCUGGAUCAACUUUUUCUUUUCGGGCUUCGUCCUCAUCAAGCUCCCUUUCCCCCUGACGCUGCGCUUCAAAGUCAUGCUCCAGCGAGGCAUCGACACGCCCGACCUCGACGUUACCUGGGUGUCGUCCCUCAGCUGGUACUUCCUGAACCUCUUUGGUCUCAACGGCAUCUACCGCCUGAUCCUCGGGCAGGAGAACGCCGCCGACGGAACGCGCGACAUGGCUCUGAUGGCCGGCAACUCUCCGAUGGGCGCCAUGAACCCCGCCGCGCCCGGCCAGGCGCCCGACUAUGCCAAGCUCCACCUCGCCGAGCGCGACAAUGUGCAGCUGGUCGGAAUCGACCUCGUGGACCCGUCGGCAGCUUCGCGCAAGGCCUCGACCGAGGCCAGGUGGAUCGGCGACGGCAUCGAGGAUCGCGUGCUGGCCAUGUACGCUUGA